GCCGGCCGACAUUUCGGUUGUGUGACUGCUCUGACAGACAACAUUUCCUAUUUGAGGGCAUUGUCAGUUUAAAUUUGAAUGUAAACACACAUUUCGCUUUACGACAUCCAAGAAGAACGGCUGCAGGUGCACGAAAACAAAAUGGCCAAGCCCUGUCAACGCUUUAAGCUGCUGCUUGCCUUAACAUUGCUGCUGGGAGUGAUUUUUUCACAUUUCCAGCUUGUCAACUGGGCGUUCGCCUCAACCGCCGAGGAGGGUUUAGCCAAUCGCCGUGAACAAUUGCUCGCCACAAUGAUUGAGGAGUACCUAAAGCUAACCGACUAUGAAUUGGUACAAAGCAAAGCGCUGGUGCAGAGUGUUUUGGCCGAUGAGGAGGUGCAGCGUACACACAGCGAUCUCAUGGAGGCCGAGCGCCGCAUUAUGGAGAAUUUCGUGCGGCAAGUCGUCGACAAAGAGCAAGAGGAGCCGCCAACGCGCAGCAAUAUAGCGAACCGUUUGUUUUAUCUUAUUGCGAAGUCGUUGAUUUAUCAGGAAUUCGAAGCUAUACUUAGACGGCAUGACACUACAAAUCCGCGACGUAAGUUUAGUCCGGAAAAUUACCUAAUUGAACGUGCGUUGAAGAGAAGUGGACUGGACAAUUUGCAGCGUAGGGUUACGCGUAAGCAAAUUAAGUUUAUGAGUGAUUUUGUCAAGGACGUCGAUGCUUAUUUGGCGCAUUUGACGCCGGAAGAGCGCCGCACGGACGAGGUGGAAGCGCAAAAAAUGGUAGAGUGGUCGGCUAAAAUGAAAGCUGAAAGCGAUGUGGAGCUGAGAAUGGAGACUUUUAAAGAUUUUAUGCGAUUCUUUGUUAAAUUUUGAAGUAUAUUAACCUAUAUAUUAUAUUAUCUAAAUGAAAAGAUGCAUUCACUGAAUAA